AUGGAGAUGGCGAAGCUGUUCCCCGACGAGCCGGACUUAGACUUCAUCUAUAGUCAAGGACCGUGGUGGUCAGUAAAUCAUAUCAUUAUGCAGUGCAUAGCCGUGCUUUUGCUAGACGUGACUUUCCAGCACAAGGACAUUGGAAGCACCAACCCGCGUAAAAUCGCAUCAAUCAAGAAGAUGAUGCGGUGGCUGCACGCCAUGAAGGACAAUGAUCCCGUCUCUCAAAAAGCGGAUAAAGUGCUUCGGAAAAUCCUCAGACAAGUGGCCCCGAGUCUGCAAACUAUGGCAAAGGAUCUGCUUGCGUACAACGAUGGACCGACCAUGACUUGGCAGGAUACCACGUACCAGAGGACUGAGGAAUACUCGACAAUGCAGAACGACGAUUCAUCGCAGCUUUAUGGGUCUAUGCCACCUCCCAACGACCAGGGCAUGGGCGCAGACUUCCUCCAACAUCAACAACAGCAAAACCAGGAACAGCAACACUCCUACGGCUUUGGGCACGGCGAUAACCAGUUUUCGGCGAUGCAAUCCGGCCCAGCCCAGAUGCCCUUCGGCAACCCGUUCUUCACGCCUUUCGACCAGAAUGCGCCCUUUGCAAGCAUGCAGAAUCUGUGGGCAGACUCGGGGUCUUUCAAUGAGUUCGACUUGGAUUGGGCGAGCUUGAACAUGCCACAGGAUGAGCAGGCGGGGAUGGAUCAGGAUCAGGAUCAGGAUCAGGAUAUGGACUAUGGUCGUGACAACUAG